AUGGCUGAGGCCGACGUGCCGACUGCGGGCCACUGGUUUCCAGCGAGGGUCUGCCUGCGUGAGCGGCGGUUCUGUAACCAAUCUGACGAGUUGCUGACUCUGGAACGAGCCUUUGUAUUUCAGCAUUUCUCUGCUGGUAGGGAAAUAAAUGCCACAGCCGGGCAAGAUGGCCUUCUGAAAGAUUGUGCGACAAUCGAGGAUCCCUAUCAGGUCCCCCCAGACCUGCUCACCUGGCCCCCUGGUUUCCUGCCCGACCCGGGCCCUGACAUUUUGAUGGAGCGCUCCGGGGCCUUGCUCUCCGACCCUCCAGCUCUCCAACCCUCCGACCCUCCAGCGCUCCAACCCUCCAACCCUUCGGCCCUCCAACCCUCCAACCCUCCGACCCUCCAGCGCUCCAACCCUCCGACCCUUCGGCCCUCCAACCCUCCGACCCUCCAGCGCUCCGACCCUCCGACCCUCCGACCCUCCGACCCUCCAGCGCUCCAACCCUCCGACCCUUCGGCCCUCCAACCCUCCGACCCUCCAGCCCUCCAAACCUCCAACCCUCCGACCCUCCGACCCUCCAAUCCUCCGACCCUCCAGCCCUCCAGCCCUCCAGCCAAGUGGCAGCUGGAGGUCUGA